AUGGUCGAGCAUUUGCUGGUAGAGCACAUAGCAGGCUAUGAGUUGUUUGAGCUGAAAGGCUUUGAGACCCUUGCACAGCCGCUCUAUACUGAGUACGCUGCCCUAACACAGAUUGUCAACCAUAUUUCUUCUCUUGCAUUUACUGAUGUGUCCGAGGCCGUGUCUUCGAUAAAAUCUUUGGAGCGCGGCGACAUACCGGAAAAAUUGAAAAUUUUUCUAGAAAUGAGCAGCGUGAAAGUCUUGCAUUGCGACAAAUCGCUGAAAAAUGCUUUAAAGACGGUUGGAAUUGAACAAAAGUAUAGCCCAAAUAUUGUUCGCGGAGUUAAAGUGAAUCUAUCAAAGUUUACUAGGCAGGCAGGGGACAAGCAGUUGAGAAUGGGUGCUGCAUUUUGUCUAGCUAAGGAGAACAUACAGUAUAAUCUUGAACGAGAAGAUAAUGUGGCUGUUUCUGUGGGAUAUGAAAUUGAAAAUGUAGAGAAAGACAUUGAAAAUCUAAAAGAGAAGGCUACCAAGUUGCUCAACUGGUAUUUUCCAAGUCUGAAUGUGACUGUUAACAGUGAUGUGUUCUAUAGUUUGAUUUUCAACCAUAUUAAUAAUGCGAGAAACACAGAUUCAGGCACGGACGACAUUGUCGAUGGUGCUGUAGUCAGCAAAGAUGUAAGUGAGUGUGUGGGUAUUAUUAAAGAUGGGCUGAAUGAUAUUCCAGAGUUCGACAUCAGUAUUCUAAAAGACUAUCUGAGCAUGAUCUUCGAAAAAGAAAAGCUGCUAAGAAAUCUUGAGGAAUAUUUGGCAGAAAAAAUGAAAAUUUUGGCUCCAAAUCUCAGGCAUAUCCUUGGGGACAAACUCUGUUUUAAAAUGAUUCACAAGGCAGGCGGGCUGAUGAACUUGAGUCUUUAUCCCUCAUCCACCCUCCAGCUACUUGGCGCUGAGAAAUCUCUUUUUAGGAGCUUGAAGAUGAGAACAAACACCCCAAAAUAUGGGUUAAUAUACCAGUUGAAUUAUUUACAUCGGUCUGGCUGUUUAGGGGGGAAUAUUGGAAGAAUGUGCAGAUUCAUUGCAGCUAAAUGUUCGGUGGCAGCCAGGAUUGACUGUUUCUGUGAGGACCGAAGUGGGGAAUAUGGAAAGGAGCUAAAGAAAUUGAUCGAUAAGAAAAUACAGUCAUAUAAGAGUAGAAAGAUUGAGAUCGAGACAACAGCAGAGACCAUGAAAAGGGUAGAAAAAAGACUGAAAGAAGCAAAUAAAAAAUAA